CUGCCUCUUGUUUUAUUUUCUCUUGUCCUGUCCAUCACUUUCUUUUCCAUAAUAUCUCUCGACAAUGCUCGUCCGUUGUGCGUUUCAGCUUUGUGUUGCUGCGAGCUUCACUGCCGCUACCAACCUCUUUGUUUCCGACUACUCUGGCAACAUCUCCACGCUCGAGUUGACUGAACAUGGCGGUCACUAUUCUUUGACCAAGACCUCCGCCAACGCGGGCUGUGCGCCUAACCCUUCAUGGUUGACUCUGGACACCAAUCACAAUACCCUCUACUGCCUCGAUGAAGGCCUCGAAGUCACUAACGGCUCCCUAACCUCCUUCACCAUAAACUCCUCGGGCCACCUCCACAAAAUCCACCGCGAACAAACCAUCAGCGGUCCGGUCAGUGGCGUCAUCUACGGCAACCCUGCAGAAAAGAGAUCAAUUGCUCUCGCACAUUAUUCAGGCAGUGCACUCAGUACUUGGAAUUUGGACGCCAACCACACCGCUGCAUUCGACUUCCAACAGGAUAUUUUCUUCAAUUUGACAAAACCCGGUCCUAAUGCUGAAAGACAGGAUGCCCCUCAUGAACAUGAAGCCGUGCUGGAUCCUACUGGAAACUUCAUCGUUGUUCCCGAUCUAGGCGCCGACUUGAUCAGGAUUUUUUCCAUCGAUGCGGGAUCUGGAGAUCUUGUUGCUGAGAAACCAUUUGCGGUGCUUCCUGGUAGUGGACCUAGACAUGUGGUUUUCUAUCAACCGUAUGGUGUGGUGGGGACCCAAGCAACCACAUUUAUGUUUUUGGUUUCCGAAUUGGCGAAUACGGUUACGUCGUUCAGAGUCUCUUAUCCGAAAAUUGGUGGUAUGGGGUUUAAACAAGUGUUUGAAACGAGCACGUAUGGUGAUCUUGUUGUUCCUGAGGGAAAUGCGGCGGCGGAAAUUGCUGUUACUCCAGACAACCGCUUCCUAAUAAUCUCCAACCGCAACAACACCUCCUUCCACAUCCCCUCCCCCUCAUCCAUCCCCCACAACCACACCACCUCCAUCCCCUCCGACUCCCUCUCAACCUUCUCCCUCCAAAAAGACGGCACCCUGAAACACAUACAACUCUGGCCUUCGGGAGGAAUGUUCCCCCGCCAUUUCUCCUUGAAUAAAUUUGGUGAUUUGCUGGCGGUGGGCAUGCAAUAUGAUAGGAGUGUUGUGGUUUUUGAGAGGGAUGUGGCGUUGGGGACGGUGGGGAAGCCGGUGGCUAGGUGGGUGGGAGGGGGGAAUGUUACUUGUGUUGUUUGGGAGGAGUGAGUGGGGGGGAUGAUGGUUUGAUGGAUGGCUGAUGGAAGGGGAUGGAAAAGUGAAGGGAUGGGAGUGCUGAUGAUAGAAACAAUAUGCGGAAGAAUGCAUUGUUCAUUGGUAUUUUGUUCAUUUCUGCUGAUUUUUAUCUUCCUUUCUCCCUUCACUAACCGCGAGCUUUCCAAUGUCCGUUGAUGUUGACAAGGAAGACGUUGAGAACUCUUGGUACGGGGUUUUGUCCUUCUUCUUUGUUUGUCUUUUGGAAGUUAUUACCCUGGCUUCUCUCUUUCUCCCCCCCAAGCAAUCAAAGUACUCGC